GCCCCGUCAGCGGGCAAACCUAAGAGGAAAAGCAGGCCUGGUCUCGGCCCCAUUCCUGUUCCCCACCUGUCUCUACCCUUUUCUUCCCUUUCCCUGGCCCUGCCAGACUCUGUCUCCCUGGGUGCCCGCCUCCCCUCCCCUGGAGGGCGGGGCUUGGCUGCACCCACGUGUGUUGGAGUUAUAUGCUCCCAGCCGGCAGAGGAGCUGGGGAGAGUGGCACCCAGCUGGUGGCUCAGGCAGCGAAGCGGCACCAUGGCCGGCAAGAAAGUCUGCAUUGUAGGCUCUGGUAACUGGGGCUCAGCCAUCGCCAAGAUUGUGGGUGGCAAUGCAGCCCAGCUGGCACGCUUUGACCCACGGGUGACCAUGUGGGUGUUUGAGGAAGACGUCGGGGGCAGAAAGCUGACAGAGGUCAUCAACACACAGCAUGAGAAUGUCAAAUACCUGCCAGGGCACAAGUUGCCCCCCAAUGUGGUGGCUGUCCCAGAUGUGGUCCAGGCUGCAGUGGAUGCUGACAUCCUGAUCUUCGUGGUACCCCAUCAGUUCAUCGGCAAGAUCUGUGAUCAGCUCAAGGGCCACCUGAAGGCAGACACCAUUGGCAUAUCUCUUAUUAAGGGGGUAGACGAGGGCCCCAACGGGCUGAAGCUCAUCUCUGAAGUGAUUGGGGAGCGCCUUGGCAUCCCCAUGAGCGUGCUGAUGGGGGCCAACAUUGCCAGCGAGGUGGCUGAUGAGAAGUUCUGUGAGACAACCAUUGGCUGCAAGGACCUGGCCCAGGGACAGCUUCUGAAAGAGCUGAUGCAGACACCCAAUUUCCGCAUCACGGUGGUGCGAGAGGUGGACACAGUAGAGAUCUGUGGGGCCUUAAAGAAUAUAGUGGCCGUGGGGGCUGGCUUCUGUGAUGGGCUGGGCUUUGGCGACAACACCAAGGCGGCCGUGAUCCGACUGGGGCUCAUGGAGAUGAUCGCCUUCACCAAGCUCUUCUGCAGUGGCCCUGUGUCCUCUGCCACCUUCUUGGAGAGCUGCGGUGUUGCUGAUCUCAUCACUACCUGCUACGGAGGGCGGAACCGCAAGGUGGCCGAGGCCUUCGCCCGCACAGGAAAGUCCAUUGAGCAGCUGGAGAAAGAGAUGCUGAAUGGGCAGAAGCUGCAGGGGCCCCAGACAGCCCGGGAGCUACACAGCAUCCUCCAGCACAAGGGCCUGCUGGACAAGUUCCCUCUGUUCAUGGCUGUGUACAAGGUAUGCUAUGAGAACCAGCCAGUAGGUGAAUUCAUCCGCUGCCUGCAGAAUCAUCCAGAACACAUGUGAGCAGGGCUGGGGCCCAGGCCAGGCAGCCUCUUUACCCCAGCGGAGACAGGCAGAAGCUUGGGGUGCCUGGCCACCACGAUCUCUGGGACUCCCCACACAGCAGCGUCUUCUCAGCUUUUCACUGGAGGACAGGUGCCUGUGGGCCCGGCCACCUGCCUGGAGAUCCUGAAGCACAAGCAGCCCGCAGCCUCCUGCCACCUCAUCGCACCAGAAGUGGAGUUGCCUAGUCCCUCUCCAUGUGUGGGGCUUUCUCCCUGUCCUCUGGGAGGGGUAGGAUCAGCCCCAGUGCUGCCUGCUCUGGGUAUGUGGUGGGGGGGGAGGGGAGGGAGGCAAGGCAAGGGCUGCUUACUGCUGCCUCACACAGACCAGGACUCCUGUCCCCAAGCCCAGUUAAUGGCUAAAGAAGUACCUCAGCUGCAAGAGGGAUGAGGCAAGGGCUGCAGGGAGGGGUCUGGGCUUUUGGGCUGACAUAGACCUCUGCCAGGCCUCACACGGCAUCAAUGGAUCUCUGUUUGUUCGCAAAAUACAA